AUGCCGUCCCCUAACUCACCUACCUCCCGGUUCCACGAGCAAGGCGAGAAGACUACGAUGAACGAGAAGUCUACUCUGCCUUCGCCGGAAGCACUGGCUCAGCACCCGGUUGUCGGUCCCGCCCCCGAGCUCCAGGCUACGACUGUGCUCGACGAUGCCUCGUCUGAAGAGACCAAGGUCGACUACAACAACCAGGCGGCGGCCGAGGGCCUGGAGCCGGCCUUCCUCGCCAAGGUCCACAUUCUGAACCACGCAAUGAAGGAGAUUGGGAUGGGUCGAUACCAGUACGAGCUGUUUUUCACUGCCGGCUUCGGAUGGUACGCCGACAACGUCUGGUUGCAGGCUGUGUCGAUUCUCCAGCCUGCGCUCGCCCGCGAAUUUGUCGCCUCCCCCUACGUCCGUCACUCCACCACUGCCCUCUACGCCGGUCUCAUCGUCGGUGCCUUCUUCUUCGGAACAUCAUGUGAUGUUGUUGGCCGUCGUAUUGCCUACAACUCGACAUUGUUAAUAGGAGGUGUAUUCGGUCUUUUGGCAGGAGCUGCGCCCAACUUUGUCGUCUUCUGCGUCUUCAUUGCCCUCGCCGGGAUGGGUGUCGGUGGAAAUUUGCCCGUCGACGGAACACUCUUCCUUGAAUUCUUGCCAGGAAACAAGCAAUGGCUAUUAACACUUUUGAGUGUGUGGUGGGCUAUCGGACAGGUUGUUGCAUCCCUCGUUGCGUGGGUCUUCCUCGCCAACUUCAGCUGCGCCGACCCGGCCCCCGGUACCUUCUGCUCCCGCGCAUCCAACAUGGGCUGGCGAUACACCUACUUUACCCUCGGCGCGCACAUGAUUGUCCUCUGGGGCAUCCGGUUCCUCGUCUUCCCGGUGUACGAGUCGCCCAAGUUCCUCGCUUCCAUUGGAAAGGACGAGGAGGCCGUUAUCGUCAUCCACAAAAUCGCCAAGCGGAACGGUACAACCUCCUCCCUCACCCUCGAGCACCUCAAGGCCGCCGCACGCCCGUACCUCCUCGCUGCUGGCGAGAACCCGGACAAGGUCGAGGUGAAAUUCUCCACCAUGGAGCUCAUCAAGCACUCGGUGGACGAUUUCCGCGGCAAGAACAUCCGUAACCUGUUCUGCACCAAGCGUCUUGCUUGGUCAACGUCGCUCGUCAUCCUCGUUUGGGCCCUUAUCGGAUUGGCGUACCCCCUCUUCUUCGCCUUCCUCGGUUCGUACCUCACUGCCAAGGUCGGCGCGACCGGCGGAAACCUCGACUCGACGUACGCGUCGUACACGUAUCAGGCGGUGUGCGGUAUCCCCGGAUCCAUCCUCGCUGCCGCGCUCGUCGAGUGGGGUCGGGGCGGACGCAAGUUCGCACUGAGUCUGUGCACGCUCGUGUCUGCCAUCUUCAUGUUUGGUCUCACGCAGGCCAAGACCGAGGCCCAGAUCAACGCGUUGACGUGUAUGGUCAGUUUCUGGUUGAACGCCAUGUACGGUGUGCUUUUCGGAUACUCGCCAGAGGUGUUCCCUACUCCCAGUCGAGGCACAGGUGAUGCCCUCGCAGCCACCGCCAACCGUAUCGCCGGUAUCCUCGCUCCUAUCAUCGGUAUUUACUCGGUGGCAGCCAAAACACCAGACGGACCCGUCUUCACCUCGGCCGCCAUCUUCGUCGUGGCCGGUCUCGUCACUCUCGGGUUCCCGAUCGAGACGGCUGGCCAUGCCGCGCUGUAA